AUGGCUCCCUACGCUGCUCUGCUGCAACUGUCUCUGCUAGGCCUCGCUGGCCACGCCUCUGCCGCUGCCAUUGACACUCGUUCUAUCAAUCUCGCUCCCUAUGCUCCCGUCUCAGCAAGCUGCCCUAGCACUCCCUUGGUUCGCACUGCCAACAGUGUAGGCGCGGACGAAGCUGCAUACAUUGCUGCUCGUAAGCCCAAGGCCGAUGCUGCUCUCGCUGCUUGGUUGCAGAAGACCGACCCUUCGUUCGCUACUACAAAUCUCCCCACUGUUGGAUUGGUCCUCAGUGGUGGUGGCUACCGUGCCUUGCUCUCUGGUGCUGGUCUGGUUCAGGCUCUGGAUGCCCGUGAUUCGGAUCUCUCUACAAGCGGUCUCUACCAGGCAUUCACCUACGAGACGUCUCUUUCCGGAGGUGCAUGGUUCUCAACCUCCUGGACAGGUCUGAACUGGCCCACUGUCUCAUACCUGAGGGAUAACCUCUGGUCUCAGUCCUUUGCCGACUCGCUUCUGGUGCCUGCACACCUCUUGUCUGCUGUUGCAUAUGCCGAGAUUGUCAAAGACAUUGUCGACAAAGCCAAGGCUGGAUUCCAGCCUACCCUCAUCGACGUUUACGGCAGAUUGCUCUCAUACCAGCUUCUCUCCACAAACUCUGAAGAUCUCAAAACCGAUGGCAUGGUCAGCAAGACCCUCUCGAGCGUGGUCUCUUCUUCCAACUUUACCAGCCACGCCGUGCCCUUCCCUAUCAUCACUGCUAGAGGCGUCAACACUUUCGAAGGAGAAUGCAUUCCUCGUGACAAUGGAACACAAUACGAAUUCGUAGGUAUCUCUCAAUGCGCUAAUCGCACCGUAGCUAACUUGUCAUCCAACAGANCUCCCUACGAGUUCGGAUCCUGGGACUCCAACGUCAACGCCUUCACCCAAACCGCCUACCUCGGGUCCAAACUGACCAAUGGCGCGCCCACUGUAUCUGGCAAGUGCAUCAAAAACUACGACAACCUGGGCUACGUAGCAGGCACCAGUUCUGCCCUCUUCAACAACUACUGCAGCACCAUCCCCGCACAGAACAACACACAAUCGCUGGUUCAGACCCUGCAAGCCAUCAUCCUCAACGCCCACAGCCCCGUCACCCGCGAUCUGUACGCUCCCUACCCUAACCCCUUUUACGGCUACCCAGCAUCCACCCUCACCAACGCACAACAAGAAAUCCAAAUCGUGGAUGGCGGUGAAGGCAACUCUGCAAUGCCCUUCUGGCCCUUGAUCCAAUCCGAGCGCAAUGUAGACGUCAUCAUUGCCGCCGACAAUGGCGCCGACACCACUGAUUUAUUCCCCUCUGGCACUGCCAUCGUUGGCGCCUACGAGCAAGCCAUGGCACAAGGACUCUCUCGUAUGCCUUUUGUACCCACCCUCGACGUUUUCCUCGCCCAAGGACUUAAUAAACAUGCUGUUUUCUUUGGCUGCGACACCGCUGAAACAGCUACUGUGGUGUAUUUGCCCAACAACAAUUACACCUACGCGUCCAAUAUCCAGACUGUUAUUAUUGAGACCAGCGAGGAUCAGACGGCGGGUAUUAUUGCCAAUGGUAAUGCUAUUGCGACACAAGAUGGGGAUGCGGAGUGGCCUGUUUGUCUUGGGUGUGCGGUUAUGAAGAAGACUGGAGGGGCGUUGCCUGCAGCUUGCACUGCUUGCUUUGACAAGUACUGUUACUCUGCGUAA